AUGGCCGCCCCUGAUUAUGGUCUAUCACGGGGUGUCGCAAGUGCUGGUCGGAGACAUGCAUUUGCCACAUUCGCCUGGAAAUCUGGCCAUCAUGAACCUUAUCAUGGUUCAGGAUGGGAGAUGCUCAAUGGUCUGAUCGACUGGAGAUGUCAUGCACUGCAUAUGUCGAUGCUGACUAUCAAAGCUAUCGUCAAGUCAUGA